GGGAGCUUCUGAUAAUAAUAAUAAAGAUAUCCAUUAAGUAUCAUUUUGUAUUAUAUACUUUUGCAUGUCAUACUUAUUUCAUCCUUACAGUCACCCUGUGAGGUAAGUGAAUUUAUCUCCAGAUAUUGCUAGUUAGAAUUGAUAGACAACAAAACAAAACAAAAAGAAACUAGUAAUUUAAAUAAGGUCUACAAAUGGUUAAAGUAUAUUAAAUGAGGAGUUCAAACAAAAAAUUUUUUUGCUGGAAAUAACCAGAUAACUGGUAUUGUAUUUUAGUUUGAUUUUUUUUUUUUGGGGGGGGGCAAGGGUGAGGGUUGGAUAAAUUAUUAAUUCAUUUCUUUACGGAUCUGACUGCACUGAAAACAACUGUAUCCAUGACAAGGAAAAUGCAGAUGAUAGGGAAAAGCUUUCAUUCCAAACUCUGGGAAAUACUCAUUUCUACUUAAGGAGAUAGACUGGGUUGGUAUAUAAGCCAUGAGCAACCCUUUCUCCCAGCUCCUGAGCAACCUCUGCAUAAUUCUGGGAUGGCCGCACUUAUCAUGCAUUGCAAUUCAGUUUACUGUCUGCCUCUCAAGCUGAAGAGCAAGUCCCUGGGAUAUAGUGGACAUGUUAAACUAAUUGUGUUUCUUGAAUAUAAAACUCUUUGAAAUUUGAAAAUGAUUAUGAAUUUUGACUAUCACCUUUUUUUUUAUGUUAAAAUACUAGAUAUAUUGCCAGAACAAAUCAAUUAUCAGCUACAUGACACUGAUUUUCAAGAACCUCCUUAUGGCCAGUGUUCUACUGUCCAGUUUCCUCCAGCUCUACAGUCUCAAUCUUUACAAAGUCAUUUCAACACUUAUCGCUUGGAUCCACAGUUCAAUGGUGGAGAGUAUGGACUUGUUUCCUGUGAAUUAAAUAAAUCCACUUAUGUGGUUGCCCAUGAUGCUGAAGAUGGUUACCUUGGAAUAAAAAGGUCCAGAAUAUCUCAUUCUUCUAUUCGAAUUAAGGGACAGGAAGAACUCUGUGUAGUUUGUGGUGAUAAAGCGUCAGGAUAUCAUUAUAAUGCCCUUACUUGUGAAGGUUGCAAAGGGUUUUUCCGACGUAGCAUCACCAAAAAUGCAGUAUAUAAUUGCAAGAAUGGUGGUCACUGUGAAAUGGACAUGUACAUGCGUAGAAAAUGUCAAGAGUGUAGACUAAAAAAGUGUAAGGCAGUAGGAAUGUUGGAAGAAUGUUUGCUUACAGAAAUCCAAUGCAAAUCAAAGAGGCUUCGAAAGAACUUUAAACAGAAGAAUAACAGUUUUUGCUCUAACAUCAAAGUGAAAGAGGAAGGGAUUCAGGAGAGCGUGGAACUAACACAAGAGGAAAAUCAGCUCAUUAAUAACAUUGUGGCUGCUCAUCAAAAAUACAAAGUUCCUUUAGAAGAAACACAAAGCUUUCUGCAGGAAUAUGCAAAUCCUGAACUGAGCUUUUUGCAACUCUCCAAGACAGUUAUCCUACAAAUAAAAAUGUUCAUGGAUUUUACCAAGGGACUUCCAGGGUUUGAAAAUUUGACCAGUGAGGAUCAGACUGCAUUACGGAAGGGAUCAAAAACUGAAGUGAUGUUCCUUCAUGCGGCCCAAAUUUACAGUCAGAAAGAAUGUCUUUCACCAGCUUCUGAAAGUACUAUGAAAAUAUCAAAUCACUCAGCUCGUUCACUGAAUUGUCACAAACAGAGUGGUGAUAGAAGUGUUAUUUAUUCUAUGGAAACAUUUUGCAGUGAAGACUGUCCUUCUACUAUGCUGACUGAAGAAUGA